GUUAUAAAGUUCAACUUGAAACUGCAGAGGAGUGGACAGCAGUGGCACCAAAACCAUGGAGCUCAGCAUCCUCUUGUUCCUUGCUGUCCUCACAGGCCUCCUACUUCUCCUGUUCAGGGGCCACCCAAAGGCCCAUGGCCACCUCCCACCAGGCCCACGUCCUCUUCCCUUCCUGGGGAAUCUUCUCCAUAUGGACAGAAAAGGGCUGCUCAAGUCUUUCCUGAAGUUCCGAGAGAAGUAUGGAGAUGUGUUCACCGUGUACCUAGGGCCAAGGCCUGUAGUCAUACUGUGUGGCCCAGAGGCCAUACGGGAAGCCCUUGUGGAUCAAGCUGAGGAUUUCUCAGGCCGAGGACCAAUUGCUGUUGUGGACUCUGUAUUCCAAGGAUACGGGGUGAUCUUUGCCAAUGGGGAACGCUGGAAAGCCCUUCGGAGAUUCUCUUUGGCCACCCUGAGGGACUUUGGGAUGGGAAAGCGGAGUGUGGAGGAGCGGAUUCAGGAGGAGGCUCAGUGUAUGGUGGAGGAGCUGCGGAAAUCCCAGGGAGGCCUGGUGGACCCCAUAUUCCUCUUUCAUUCUGUCACUGCCAACAUUAUCUGCUCCAUCGUCUUUGGAAAACGCUUUGACUACAAAGAUCCUCAGUUCCUUCGGAUGCUGGACCUGUUCUCUAAGUCCUUUAAGCUCAUCAGCUCCUUUUCCAGUCAGGUGUUUGAAUUAUUCUCCAACAUCCUGAAGCACUUCCCUGGCACACACAGGGAAAUCUACAAAAACCUUCAGGAAAUCAACACCUUCAUUGGCCACAGUGUGGAGAAACACCGUGAAACCCUCGACCCCAGCUCCCCCAGAGACCUCAUUGACACCUUCUUGAUCCGCAUGGACAAAGUGAGAUUGGGAAAGCGCAUUUGUCUUGGAGAAGGUAUUGCCCGUGCUGAGUUGUUCCUCUUCUUCACCACCAUCCUCCAGAAUUUCUCCAUCACCAGCCCAGUGGCUCCUGAGGACAUUGACUACACACCUCAGGAAGUUGGUGUUGGCACAAUACCCCCAGUAUACAAGAUUUGCUUCCAGCCCCGCACGAUGGACUCAAGGCUGAGGAAUUAAGGAUUGCAGGGUCAUAAAAUGUCUGAACUCUGGAGAAAACAGUCCUUCACUUCCUGCAUCUGAUAACCUAUUGUGAAUGAGCAUUCUUCCCUUCCUGGCUACAAUUCCAUGCAAAGUUAUCUUUAUGGGAUUCUGUCCACACUGCUGUCGUUUUUCCAAGGUUCUGUGUUGUAUUCCUUUCUUAUGUGAAUAGAGGUGCAGGAGUCAGAAUUAGACUAACAAAACUCAAGCCUUUUUUGGUGACCAUAUAGAAGUUCAGGAUUAAAAGGGACAAAUUUGCUGUAUGACUGUGUGAAGUUCUGAGUCCCAGGAUACAGCUCAGUCUGAGUGCUGACUGAGUUGCCAGAAUAAUCUGUCUUCAUUUGUCACCUCCUUGUGAUGUGUGCUGUGUGCUGAAGGCUUCGACGUAAUGAAUCAAUGUCAAACACUAGCAUGAAAUAGACUUUUCUAAAGUGGCCAUUUCAGUGUAUCUAGUUCUUUUACAAGGUUGUACACAAUUCACUAUCUUAGACAUAUUUUAUACUUCCUCCCGUAACCCUAUACUUAUUAAGCAGCCAGCCAAUUCCUCAUCUCUUUAUCCAGCCCCUGAAAUACUAAUUUGAGUUUUGUCUAAAUGGACAUGCCUUCAGGAUUCCUGGAUAUUUUCAUAUGAAUGGAAUAAUAUAAACUGUGGUGUGUGGAAAAACUUGCACAACGUUUUUGAGAUUCUAUGAUUUUGAGGAGAGCAGAUGUAUGCUGCAUAUGGUGUCCCCAACUGUCCUGCUUAGCCGAUUUGUACUGCUUUUUUCCCUGUAGAAGUCACCCUGUGCCCCAUCCCUUCCGCUUUGUGAUUCUGUACUGGCACUGUUGAUCCCCUCAUAUUUUGCUUUCAGUCUCCUAAGAAUCAAAUAAACCUGGAAAGCCUAAUCACCC